AAAAUAAGAGGAGCCUAACUGUAGGGAGAAUAGUUAGUCAAGAUGGCAAAACACACAGAUCCGGAGUGAAGGGGCACCGCUCCCCGUCCCGCGACCAACACAACCUAUACAACUGUGCCUAGAAAUCUAAGGGGGAUCCCUGUGGAAAAUGGCAACAAGGGUAACACUGGUGUGACAGUGCAGGAAGAAAGCUGACUCCCGUCUGUUAACCCCCGCCCUUUGGCAGAUGCACCUAGGAGACCACCUUGCUCCCCUCAAGCUGAAGCUACACUUGCAAUGCUAAAAGCCCGGAUGAUGAUAUGCCACUUGAACUGAGCACACCUACUGCUGUCUACUCAACAUCAACAACAGAAACAGGCAAAGGGAAGAGCACAACCAACCCGAGAAAGCGAGAGGAACACAACACAAGCUUUGACCAAAGUUGAACCAACACGGCACCAAGACCUCCGUUAACCUAAUUCUCUUGUGACACCAGGGGGGGUCACUCUAACUGGUUUCCCCAUUCUGCUUAGUGCCUGUCCCCCAGACCAUGAUGUUUCGCGACCAGGUGGGUGUCCUGGGAAGCUGGUUUAAGGGAUGGAAUGAGUGUGAGCAGACGGUGGCUCUGCUGUCGCUGCUGAAGCGGGUGUCGCGGACCCAGGCCCGUUUCCUGCAGCUGUGUCUGGAGCACAGCCUGGCAGAAUGCACCGAGCUCCACGUGUUGGAGGGGGAGGCCAAUAACCCAGUGGUGAUCAGCCAGUGGCAGGGCGAGCCCAAGGAGCGCGUCAUCUCCCUGGUCCUCACCCACCUGCCCCUGCUCAAGCCGGGCAACGUCGAAGCCAAGGGCGAGUACAUGCGCCUCCUCCCCCGCAUCCUGGCGCACACCAUCGACCAUGGCCGCCACCUCGAAGAGUCACGGCAGCUCCUCUCCUACGCCCUCAUCCACCCGGCCACCUCGCUGGACGACCGCGCCGCCCUCGCCCUCUGGCUCAACCAUCUGGAGGAGCGCGCCGCUGCCCGGGGUGACUCUUUGGAACGGCCACCUCCCGCCCCGGCCUCACUCCAUCAAACGCCCCCCUCGACACACUCCUUGUCGGGGUCCAGUUGGAGUUCCUCAGCGAGCCACCUGGGUCAGCUGUACCACCACCAGCGCUACGGCUCGGAUGAUAGGCUCAACGGCUGGCAGGGGUCCAGGGACUCGGGAUUGGGCAGUGGUUGGCACCAACAGCAGCAGGGGCAUGGAGGGUGUGAGAAUGGCGGGCACCUGGCACUCUACCCGUCCUCCUCGGUGCCUGGGAGUAUUAACACGGUUGGCACGGGCGGGAGCAUCCUGUCCGGCGGUGGCGGCGGGCAGCACAGUCCCCUGAAGCGCUCGGUGUCCCUCACCCCCCCGAUGAGCGGCUGCUCCUUGGCCAGUUCCUCCUCCUCGUCGGGCGGCCAAGCCCUGGGCCUGGGUCAUGGUUGGAUCUCCCAGGAGGACCUGCGCGGUCCCCGGGGAGGAGGAGGGCUGGGGCUGGCCCCCACCGACCCUCACCACGCUCCCCUCUCCCCUCAGAGCAGCGUAGCGUCGUCGGGCAGUGGCGGCAGUGAGCACCUGGAGGAUGGAGGAGGCUUGCACCGCAGCAGCACAUUCCACGAGGAGGGCAGCUGCAUGAGGGUCUUUCCCUUAGAUUAUUGUCCAGGCGUGGCGCAAAGGCCCCCAAAGCAACAUCCAGGCCCUCUGGGGACCAACAGAGUUGGGCAGGGGGGCCUGCCCCAGCUUUACAAUGAUGUGCCAGCCUGGCUGAAAAGCCUCCGUCUCCACAAAUAUGCGGCGCUCUUCUCCACUAUGACUUAUGACGAGAUGAUGUCACUGACCGAACAGCAGCUGGAAUCACAGAAUGUCACCAAAGGGGCACGGCACAAGAUAGUGAUCAGCAUUCAGAAGCUGAAGGAGCGUCAGAAAAUGCUGCGUUGCCUAGAGAAGGAUGUGUUGGAGGGCGGUAACCUGCGUGGCCCUCUCGCCGAGCUCCACCAGAUGAUCCUGACGCCCAUCAAGGCGGUGGCCAGCGAUGAGUCGUCCCCCAGCUCUCCCUCCUCGACCGCACACAGGCCCCUGUUGAGCCCAGACGGGAAGAGCAGCGCCGCCCCGGGAGGAGGGGAGGGGGAGACGGGGACCGCACUCAUCGCCGAGGGGGACAUCCCCGGCCAGUUCACCCGCGUCAUGGGCAAAGUUUGCACACAGCUCCUGGUGUCCAGGCCCGACGAAGAGAACAUCAGCUCCUACCUGCAGCUCAUUGACAAGUGCCUUCUUCACGAGGCAUUCACAGAGACGCAGAAGAAGCGACUGUUGUCGUGGAAACAACAGGUGCAGAAGCUGAUCCGCUCCUUCCCCAGGAAGACCCUCUUGGACAUGGCCGGCUACCGGGCACAGAGGAGCAGCAGCAGUAGCCGUGGCUUCAGCCAGUCCAAUUCUCUCCCCACAGCAGGCUGCGUGGGGGGCAGCAGCAGCGUGUCGGCGGCCCGUCGCAGCCUCCGCCAGUUCCAGAUGCCCUCUCGGAGCCUGCCCGGCGCCAGGCUGGGCCUGCUGGGACCCACGCCACAUAGCGCCAGCAGCACCCCCACUGGCCUCAAGCAGGGACGACAGGGUCUUUGGUUCGCCAACCCCGGGGGCAGUAACAGCAUGCCAAGCCGAACCCACAGCUCAGUGCAGAGGACCCGCUCCCUGCCUGUCCACACCACGCCACACACCAUGGUCAUGUUCCAGCAGUCUGAUCUCCAGGUGCCGGUGACUGAACCAGACAUCAACAACCGGCUGGAGUCUCUGUGUCUGAGUAUGACGGAGCACGCUCUGGGAGAUGGAGUCGACCGCACAUCCACCAUCUGAGAGGAGGACCUGAAGGAGACCAGGAGAGACUGAGCUGGUCCCAGGAGGCUCGCCGAACACCCAAAGCCCCCCACCCCCACCCACCCCACCUGCCCAUCAGGCACCCCCACAGCCAAUGGGAGAGGUCAACCGGGUAGGUGGGCGAGCUCCAAAUCACGCCACGAUUAGCCAGACUGUGAAAAACUGCUAACACAGCAGCAAAUUGGCAUGUUACCAUCUCGACAAAACACAGCUAUGCCCCAGCACCCUCAUAAGAAUCUGGGCUUCAGUGACAGAUAAGGCAGUACAGACUCCCCUCCUCACAGUGUCGCACCCAGUAUAACUACCCACAACAGUGUCUGAGGAGUGCCCUCUGCCGGGCUAUGGGAGAUAUACUGUAGCAUCACUGGGGUCGGCCUCAGCCAACAACCGAAUGGCUCUGUUGAAAUGGGGGGGUUGUGCAUUAUGGGUAUUGUAGUACAUCAUGCUACAGAGUUUCAGACUCUGUUCCCUUCUCUACCCUCACCCCCAGUCCCAGUUACAGACCAGUAACACAAUCCACACACCAGUUCACACCAGUCAGCAUUUCUCCCGGUGUCACUGAGCCAAAAACAAACAAGCCAAGUAAACAAUGUUGGACACUUUGUGAGAGAAGCCUUGGCUUUUCCUCCCACUGUUUGGGAGAGUUUUAGGGAGGCCAUUUUUCAAAAGGCUUGGGAGAACCCUAUGCUCUGUAUAGGUGACAGAAAAAAAGCAUUUAUACAUGUAUUGUUUACACAAGAUGCUACUAUCAAGGGUACCGAAACAUUUAUACAUUUCAGGUAUGAAUGUUAUCUCUUGAAUUUUUUUAAUAACUUUUUGGAGAGCAGUGACAUACUACCCGUACUAGUCGCUUUAUAGACUAACGUCCCACAGUAGCUAUCAUUAUUAUCACGGACUUAUUCAUUGUUUUUUUGGUUUUUUUGCUUUUGUUCCUUUACCCCAAGAGCCAACGUGUGUGAAAAUGAGAAUGCUAAAAAGAGAAAGGGAUGCGGCAGAGGUGUGUAGAAGGAAAAGAGAGGCAUGAGGAGAGAUGAAAGUGGAGAAACACAGGAUGGUCUCUGCCAAGUGAUUUGGAAGGAGAAGAGGACUUUAGCGAUGAUGGAUUCAUGUCAGGGGCAGGGACUUUGAUUUGAAACGAGACAAAAGAAAAUAGCCUCGCAGAGUUGUGGUAAAGUUCAGGGUAAACUCAUCUUAUACACCAGCCAAUGACAUAUUAUAUAUACACACACAUACACGUGUGUAUCUAUAUAUGUGUGUGUAUAUAUAUAUCUAUGUUUAUCUAUAUAUAUACCUAUAUAUAUCUAUAUACAAAACUGUGUAGAUGAUGAUAAUGUUGUAAAUUACUAUUGUAGCUGGAAAAAGCUGAUUUUUAAUGGAAUGUCUACAUAGGCGUACAGAGGCCCAUUAUCAGCAACCAUCACUCCUGUUCCAAUGGCACGUUGUGUUAGCUAAUCCAGGUUUAUAAUUUUAAAAGGCUAAUUGAUCAUUAGAAAACCCUUUUGCAAUUUGUUAGCACAGCUGAAAACUGUCGUCCUGAUUAAAGAAGCAAUAAAACUGGCCUUUAGACUAGUUGAGUAUCUGGAGCAUCAGCAUUUGUGGGUUCAAUUACAGGCUCAAAAUGGCCAGAAACAAAGACCUUUCUUCUGAAACUCUUUGGUCUAUUCUUGUUCUGAGAAAUGAAGGCUAUUCCAUGUGAAAAAUUGCCAAGAAACUGAAAAUCUCAUACAACGCUGUGUACUACUCCCUUCACAGAACAGCUCAAACUGGCUCUAACCAGAAUAGAAAAAGGAGUGGGGGCCCCGAUGCACAACUGACCAAGAGAACAAGUACAUUAGAGUGUCUAGUUUGAGAAACAGACGCCUCACAAGUCCUCAACUAGCAGCUUCAUUAAAUAGUACCCGCAAACACCAGUCUCAACGUCAUCAGUGAAGAGGCGACUCCGGGAUGCUGGCCUUCUAGGCAAAGUUCCUCUGUCCAGUGUCUGUUCUUUUGCCCAUCUUAAUCUAUUAUUUUUAUUGGCCAGCCUGAGAUAUGGCUUUUUCUUCGCAACUCUGCCUAGAAGGCCAGCAUCCCGGAGUCGCCUCUUCACUGGGGUUUUGUGGGUACUAUUUAAAGAAGCUGUCAGUUGAGAACUUGUGAGGCGUUUCCAGCUACAAUAGUCAUUUACAACAUUAACAAUGUCUGCACUGUAUUUCUGAUCAAAUUGAUGUUAUUUUAAUGGACAAGAAAUGUGCUUUUCUUUCAAAAACAAGGACAUUUCUACGUGACCCCAAACUUUUGAACGGUAGUGUGUAUG